UUUCCUGUUUGUUGCUUCCUCUUAAUUUCUUGAUUUCAAUCGCGGGAGAUGGGAGACGCUAGUGGUCAAUCGAGGUACGUGAAGUUAACUAAGGAACAAGGUCCAGCCGAAGACAUCACUCCCGGCGAACUCAACCAGCCCAUCCAAGUCCCUCAGCUGAUCAUUCACCGAUGCCAUGAAUGUGGGCAACCUCUGCCGGAGAGCUACGAGCCUCCCGCCGACGAGGACUGGACUACCGGCCUCUUCUCUUGUGCUCAAGAUCCCGAUAGCUGCCGAAGGGGGCUGCUGUGCCCGUGCGUGCUGUUCGGCGAAAACGUCGAGACGGUGAGGGGUGAAGAGUACUGUCCAUGGAGGCACGCCUGCGUGUGUCACGCCAUAUGCGUGGAAGGAGGCAUCGCCGCGGCGGCACUCACGGCCAGCCUCGGCGGGAUUGAUGUACAGACGUCUCUCCUGGUGUGCGAGGGAUUGCUGUUCGCGUGGUGGAUGUGCGGAAUCCACACGGGACUCUUCCGGGAGUCGCUGCAGAAGAAAUAUCAUCUCAAGGAAUCGCCAUGCGACGCAUGCCUCGUCCACUGCUGCUUCCACUGGUGUGCCAUAUGCCAGGAGCACAGGGAGAUGAGGAACCAUCUCUCCUAUGAUUCCUCUAUGCAAGUCACCGUCGUCAACCCUCCUCCUCUCCAGCAAAUGACCGUCAUUCAUCACGAUGCCUCGACAAUUUCGUCGUUGCCAUCCGUCGCUACUGCAGCCCAGCCGGUUGUAUCGGACACUGGCCAUGUCAGGCUAGAGAUACAGCCUGUGUAG